ACUUGAAAAUUUGGCUUUCGUUGAACCUCAUCUACAUAUAUCAGUAUUCUCAUAGAUAUGGCUCCGUUAGUGUGGUUAGUAACUGGGUGCUCUUCCGGUUUCGGGGUGAAGCAAUUUGUACUUCAAGCACUCGCGCGCGGUGACAAAGUCAUUGCUACUGGCCGCAAUGCACCAACUAAACUCGCCCACCUCGAAGGCAACGGUGCUUCGAUUCUUAAUCUUGACUUGACAAUGCCUGAGUCUGAAAUCGCCGACAGGAUCAAAGAGGCCCACCAAAUUCAUGGGAGAAUCGACAUCCUUGUAAACAACGCCGGAUACCUUGAAGUUGGAACUGUUGAAGAAUUGUCGUUGGAUAGGGUGCAACGGAGCUUUGCGACGAAUUACUUCGGUCCGCUGAAGAUCACACGGGCAAUUUUACCUGUAAUGCGAGACCAGAAAUCUGGAACGGUAGCGUUUAUGGGCUCUAUAGGUGGUUGGGGUGCCGUACCAAAUUCUUCUGCUUACGCCGCUUGUAAAUAUGCUUUAGAAGCCCUUACAGAAGCUUUACAGAGCGAAUUUGCUGCGCUAUUUGGGAAUGAUAUAAAUUUUAUUGUUUUCGAGCCCGGUUACUUCCGUACUGAGAUAUUCUCAACAAGCAACGCAAUCCAUCCUCCCACUGAUUUGCCAGAAUACGAAGCUUUUAAUCAAGCUUCAGAGAAACGGCAGCGCAAAAUUUACCAGAAUGAGCCAGGUGAUCCAGUCAAGGGUGUCGCUCGGAUGAUAGAAGUCUUAACCGGCACCGGGCUGGCAACGGGAAAGACCUUCCCACUGAGGCUACCAUUGGGCUCAGAUAGUCUUCAUGUGGUUCGUAAAAAGUGUCAGGAUACUUUAAAGCUUUGCGAUGAGUGGGAAGAUGUGAUUAUGAGCACGGAUUUGCCAUCCAAGGCAAACGAGCACCUUUAGUACUGUCGAGAACUCAACGCACGUUGCAAUUACCUUGCAUGCAUUAAAUACGUACAAACACGUGCUAUUUACGUAUCAGUACCUGGAUUAGGC